CUGUGGUGUCGCCGGAACUACCGGGUCAGAGGUCGGUAAAUAUUGGUGAUGUCACGCAGCCGACAUGGCGGAAGGGGAGGAUGGGGGUUGGUGGAGAAGCUGGUUACACCAGAGUUACAGUAGUGUGCGGGAGAAGUCUGCAGAGGCUUUGGAGUUUAUGAAGAGAGACCUAACAGAGUUUACACGCGUUGUGCAGCAUGACACAGCAUGCACUAUUGCAGCUACUGCUUCUGUUGUCAAGGAGAAGCUGGCGGUGGAAGGUUCCUCAGGGACCACAGAAAAAGUAAAGAAAAGUCUUUCAGAUUUUCUCGGAGUGAUCUCUGACACACUCGCUCCAUCGCCUGACAAGACAAUUGAUUGUGAUGUUAUUACAUUGAUGGCCACACCAUCUGGGACUACGGAACCUUAUGACAGCACUAAGGCACGCUUGUACAGUUUGCAAUCUGAUCCCGCAACCUACUGCAAUGAACCUGAUGGUCCUUUUGCACAGUUUGACAAAUGGUUGACUUCCUGGGACUCGGAAGAAAGAAAAACUGAAAUCUCAGAACUACUGGUUUCCAGCCCUUCCAUCCGUGCACUGUACACCAAAAUGGUACCUGCGGCAGUUUCACACUCAGAAUUCUGGCAAAGAUAUUUCUACAAAGUAUAUCAGUUGGAACAGGAAGAAGCUCGGAGAGAUGCUCUUAAGCAGAGAGCUGAGCAGAGCGUACAUUCUGAAGAUCCAAGAUGGGAGGAAGAAGAGGAAGAAUUUGUCGGAACAGGUUCACAUCGUGGCUCCAGUUAUGAAGAUACUUUAAGGAUAUUACCUUCUGCCAUUCCAACUCUCAAUGUGGAAACCAGUUCUGAGGAGCCAGAACAACAUGGCAAAGAAACUGUCUGUGUCACAAGCCCUUCAGAGAGCAGUGAAAGCAUCUCCCCCAUCACUCAAAUUGACAAUCCCGCAUACCACGGUCCCACAGCUCCAGCCCAUGACUCUGCCAGUCCAUCUACAGUUACUGAAGAGUUACAAGAAGAGAACCCAAACCAGCAAUCCCCUCAGAACUCUGAAGAACUAGUGGCCAAAGGAAACGCACACAAUGCAGUGCGUAAGGAUGACCCACCUUCUGAUCUUCGGGUGUUUGAGCUUAACAGUGACAGUGGAAAAUCCACACCUUCAAACAAUGGACAGAAAGGUUCUAGCACAGAUGUCAGUGAGGAUUGGGAGAAAGACUUUGAUAUGACUGAAGAGGAGGUACAGCUGGCCCUGUCCCGGGUUGAAGUAUCUGGUGAGCUCGAGGAUGAAGACUGGGAAAACUGGGAAUAACUGGUGGAGAGAUGACUGCUACUUCACCUGGACACUACAUACAGCUCAAAACCUUGUCCUCCAACUUCAUUUGCCACACAUCCAUCAUGCUCCUCUGAUCUGUACUGGGUGGCACAUCAUCUGGACAGGAGAGACCAAAUGCAUUAGUGUGUAUUGGCAUAGAAGGGUCUUCAGGCAUAGCUAAAUAUUUGUUUUAUGUUUGCCCUUUCUCUGCAGAGCCUUUUCUUCUCCUGUUUGAUUAAAAAUCUGAUUCUCAGUCCUGUUGACAUUUAUUGCUAUCUGGAGGCAAUUGCAUGUGGAUGUGAUGUUCCUCGGCAGGACUGCUUAGUAGCUGCUUUUUGUGUUGUAAACUGCUUCAAUAGAUUAACAUUCUGAUUUGGAAACAUGA